ACUUUAUCAUUUCUCUGUCUCUGGUUCCUCUGCAAGAAGCGAAUGGAGCGAUUCGCCCAGCCAAUCGAGGAGCGGGGGCAGUAGCGGAUGCCCCGCGCUUUAUUGUUAAGCAGCUGUGCAACGGCCCCGUCCGAUCCGCUCGGGAGGCAACAGCCAGCGCUCCGAGCCGCACGCACGACGUCGUGGACUCGAUCGCUCGCCACGCCGUCCGCGGUUCGCGCCGCAAGCACGCCUCGCCCCGCCGCGGACUCGGUUACUUCGUCUUCCUCCUUUCCUCACCGCUCUCUGCAUCUCUCCAAACUCCAGUCAUCACUCAUCAACCCUAGGAGCAGCUGGAGAGCAGAUGGUGGGGCUGCUGCGGUACAUGGCGGGCCUUUAUAUUGGCCCCCGGCUUGGCAAGGUUCGCCGGAUCGCUCCCACAAACGGCUUGACCGCCGUUCCCAAAAUCUUUUCUGCUUGGAGUGAUCCAAGAUCUGGAGUUCGCCAUGCGGACCAAGGUAAUAAGCUCUCCUGCGGAACCACCCCCACCAUGACAGCCCCACAAACCCCCAAAACGAGAAAUAUCAUCCUCGUUGUUGAUUUGCUGAGUUGCUGAUGAUGACGUUGCAGGGCGGUUUGACCCAAGAGGAGGAUAGAAUGCUUCAGGAUCUCAGUGCCGUUCCAAGUUGGGCCUUCGCUGUGUUCUCAGGAUUCGGCAGCUUUGUGGGGUGGUUUGGUCUCCCCCUAGCAGCCAAAUUACAAAGGCUUCCACCUAGUUCUGGAUUCCCAAGGUUUUGUGCAGCUACAGGCUACGCUUAUAUCGUGGGAAAUUUCAUGUAUAAUGUAACCUUCCGUCUGUCUCCUGUAAUGCUGUUAAAAGAAGCUGAAGGACGCAUGAAGAUGGAGCUUGCUAACAUAAUACUUACUAAGCAUAGUGAUGAUGAAUACCUGGUCGAAGCUGUGAAAAAGCACUUUUUUGCUGAGCAUCUGUUCGGUGACCUGCAUCAAGAUCAACCACUCUUCAGGUGGCACCCACGCUGUUCAUAUACUGACAGUGUCUUUGUAGAAAGAAUGAAGGAAAUUGAAGCUACCAACUCUUAUGAUGAGGCCAGAACAGUUUCUGGAGGGACAACAGCGGACAAUGGACCAUCUGGAGAGCUGAUGGAAGACCCAUUUGCUUGUAUACUCGAUUCUCCAGGUGAUGUGGAAAGCAACAAUCCACCUGGAAACAUCAGCACUGUCCUGAAGCGAAGUGAGCUGCGAGCCCGCAGGAGAAGUCGCCGGCAUCAUCAUCGCCGGCAUGCUGAUGACAAGUUUGCUGCAUUGUGAAAGGUUGGAUCAGAACCGCAGUGGAAUACCGUAGUCCGUAGAUGUUAGCAUUUUGUUUAAAUCUCCCGUGAUAAGAAAUUAAGACUGCUGGAACAAGUUGUUCAUGUACUGGAGCAGAUUAAUUGAGAAGUGACGUGCCUGGUCAAAAUUUUAGGAUAUUGAUUUCGUAGCUUAUAAGGUUGAGGCUAGGCGAAGAUUGUAUCAACAAUAUAUUGUAUUUUUAUCUAUAAAAUUAAUAUAUUUUGUAUUUAUUGAGGCCAGGCGAA